AGAAAACACUGGAUUUAUGGAGAGAUAUUGACAAUAGACAGCUACAGAGAUUGGUACUACAUAUCUUGCAGAGGGUGCAGCAGAAAGGUGUGUCCUGAAGGUGACAAUUUCAGUUGUGGUGUGUGCAACACCAAAGAAGUAGUUCUAAGGUACAAAAUUAAUGUUAGGGUGAUGGAUGAGACAAGUCAUGCUUCUUUUGUGUUUUGGGACAUAGAAUGCUUUACUUUGGUUGGAAAAACUGCAAGAGGAGAUUGAACAGAAAAAUGUUGGACCAUAUUAUUUUCCAGUCGAGAUUGAUGCUAUGGUUGAAACUAAGGGGUUGUUUCGAUUGCAAACAAAGAAGGAAAACAAAUACUACAAGGGUGUUCCUACUUUUAGUGUAAUUAGAAUGAAUUGUGAUCCAACUGUUAUCGCUUUAUACAAGUAUAAAGGAAAAGCAGUUGAGGAAGAAGAUGAUGCAGUUGAGGAAGAAGAUGAUUUCACACUACUUAGGAAGGAGUUUUCUGUGUCUGAAGAAGUCCUCAUACCUGAUGAGGAGGAGACCAGCCCCCUACUGUCAAAAGAAAAAAGGAAGGAACUUGUGGUGAACUACGACGGCAUCAAAAGGAAGCUGUUUGUUGAGCCCCCGCCUGUCAAGCCACCAAAGAAGCUGAAGAAGGUGAAAAUGGAAAAGGAGUAAUGAUGUUUGAACAAUGAAGAACUUUUUGCUAAUGAAGAACUUCAAGAACAAUGAAGAACUUUUUGCUAAAAUGAAGCAUAUCAUGUAUGCAGUAUUUUCUAUGUUUUUCUGUUAGUGCAUUAGCAUUUCAGAAAAAUGUUUGCUGCCUGGAAUAACUUAGGGAUAAGUUUAGGUUAUGUUACAAACUUUUGGAGUGGGUUCUUUUCUAGAUAAUCUAUUUUGAUCCCAAGUUUGUAAUUUUUGGCAUUUGUUGCCAAGUGUGAUGUAACCUAUUCGGAAUGU